AUGCCCAAACGCACCGAUAUCGACACCGUACUGAUCAUCGGCGCGGGGCCGAUCAUCAUCGGCCAGGCGUGCGAGUUCGACUAUUCGGGAACCCAGGCCUGCAAGGCGCUCAAGCAGGAGGGCUACCGGAUCGUCCUGGUCAACUCGAACCCGGCAACGAUCAUGACCGACCCGGAUCUGGCGGACGCGACCUAUAUCGAGCCGAUCACGCCCGAGGUCGUCGCCAAGAUCAUCGAAAAGGAGCGCACCGAACGCCCCGACGAGACAAUGGUGCUGCUGCCGACCAUGGGCGGGCAGACCGCUCUCAACACCGCGCUUUCGCUGAAGGCCAUGGGCGUUCUGGACAAGCACGAUGUCGAGAUGAUCGGCGCCAAGCCCGAAGCCAUCGACAAGGCCGAGGACCGCAAGCUGUUCCGCGAAGCGAUGGACCGGAUCGGCCUUGAAAGCCCACGCUCGGUGCUGGUCAACGCCUCGGCGAUCAAGGAAGAAGACCGCAAGGCGCACGAGGCGCGCCGGCAGAAGCUUCGUGAUACGCUGUCCGGCAAGGAACUGGAUGCGGCGCUCGACGCGCUGGAACUUGAAUGGCGCGACGGCACCUCGGACCGCAAACAGCGAUACAUGACACACGCCAUGGGCCUCGCCGCCCAGGCGCUGGACGAGGUCGGCCUGCCGGCGAUCAUACGCCCAUCCUUCACGCUGGGCGGAACCGGCGGCGGCAUCGCCUACAACCGGUCCGAGUUUUUCGAGAUCGUCGAACGCGGUCUCGAUGCAUCGCCGACCACCGAGGUGCUGAUCGAUGAGAGCGUGCUUGGCUGGAAGGAAUAUGAGAUGGAGGUCGUCCGCGACCGGGACGACAACUGCAUCAUCGUCUGUUCCAUCGAAAAUGUCGAUCCGAUGGGCGUGCACACGGGCGACUCGAUCACGGUCGCGCCGGCGCUGACGCUGACCGACAAGGAAUACCAGAUCAUGCGCAACGCCUCGAUCGCGGUGUUGCGCGAGAUCGGGGUCGAGACCGGCGGCUCGAACGUCCAGUUCGCCGUCAAUCCGGACACUGGGCGCCUGGUCGUCAUCGAGAUGAACCCGCGCGUGUCGCGCUCCUCGGCGCUGGCGUCCAAAGCCACCGGCUUUCCGAUCGCCAAGGUCGCCGCGAAACUGGCCGUCGGCUACACGCUGGACGAACUGGAAAACGACAUUACGGGCGGCGCGACGCCGGCCUCGUUCGAACCGUCGAUCGAUUAUGUGGUCACCAAGAUCCCGCGCUUUGCCUUCGAGAAGUUUCCCGGCGCCGAACCGCUUCUGACGACCGCCAUGAAAUCGGUGGGAGAAGUGAUGGCGAUCGGGCGCACAUUCACCGAAUCGCUGCAAAAAGCGCUACGCGGCCUUGAAACAGGGCUGACAGGGCUCGACGAGAUCGAGAUUCCGGGCAUUGGCGAGGGCGACGACAAGAAUGCGAUCCGCGCCGCGCUGGGCACGCCGACGCCGGACAGGUUGCGCAUGGUGGCGCAGGCGAUGCGCCUUGGCUUCUCGCUCGAAGAGAUUCACGCGGCCUGCAAGAUCGACAUGUGGUUCCUGCGUCAGCUCGAGGCGAUCGUCGGCACCGAGGCGCGCGUGCGGGCCCAUGGCCUUCCGGACGAUGCGGCCAACAUGCGCAUGCUCAAGGCGAUGGGCUUUUCCGACCAGCGCCUUGCAACCCUGACGGCAGCGGACGAGAUGACCGUGCGCGCCCAUCGCCAGGCGCUCGACGUGCAUCCCGUCUACAAGCGCAUCGACACCUGCGCGGCGGAGUUCGCCUCGCCGACCGCCUACAUGUACUCGACCUAUGAGACGCCGUUUGCCGGCGCACCGCGCUCCGAAGCCGGUGUGUCCGACCGCAAGAAGGUGGUGAUCCUGGGCGGCGGUCCGAACCGGAUCGGCCAGGGUAUCGAGUUCGACUAUUGCUGCUGUCACGCCGCCUUCGCGCUGGCCGAGGCCGGCUAUGAAGCGAUCAUGGUCAACUGCAACCCCGAGACGGUGUCGACCGACUACGACACGUCGGACCGGCUCUAUUUCGAGCCGCUGACGGUCGAGGACGUGCUCGAAAUCCUGUCGGUCGAAAAAAGCGCCGGCACGCUGCACGGCGUGAUCGUGCAGUUCGGCGGCCAGACGCCGCUGAAGCUCGCCAACGCGCUCGAGGCCGAGGGCAUUCCGAUCCUCGGCACCUCGCCGGACGCGAUCGAUCUGGCCGAGGACCGCGACCGGUUCCAGAAACUCCUGAUCAAGCACGAUCUGACCCAGCCCGAGAACGGCAUCGCCUAUUCGGUCGAACAGGCGCGGCUGGUGGCGACGAAGCUCGGAUUCCCGCUGGUGGUGCGGCCAUCCUAUGUGCUCGGCGGGCGGGCGAUGCAGAUCGUCCGCGACGAUCAGGCGCUCGAUUCCUACCUGCUCGGCACGGUGCCCGAAUUGAUCCCCGAGGACAUCAAGGCGCGCUAUCCGAACGACAAGACGGGGCAGAUCAACACGCUUCUGGGCACCAAUCCGCUGCUGUUCGACACCUAUCUGGCCGGCGCGAUCGAGGUCGAUGUGGAUUGCCUGUGCGACGGCGACAAUGUCCAUGUGGCAGGCGUGAUGGAGCAUAUCGAGGAGGCCGGCAUCCAUUCGGGCGACAGCGCCUGCUCGCUGCCGGUCCACUCGCUGUCUGCAGAAACCGUCGCCGAACUGGAGCGGCAAUCUGAGGUGCUGGCACGCGCGCUCAAUGUCGGCGGGCUGAUGAAUGUGCAGUUCGCGAUCCUCGACGGCACGGUCUAUGUUCUCGAAGUCAAUCCGCGCGCCUCGCGCACCGUGCCGUUCGUUGCAAAAGCGGUCGGCCGGCCGAUCGCCAAGAUCGCCGCGCGGAUCAUGGCGGGCGAAACCCUGGCCGAUGCCUCCGGCCACUACGGCACGCUGGUCGACAGCGGCGCGAUCUCGCACAUCGCGGUCAAGGAAGCGGUGUUCCCUUUCUCCAAAUUCCCCGGCGUCGACACGCUGCUCGGCCCGGAAAUGCGCUCGACCGGCGAAGUGAUGGGGCUCGACGACGAUUUCGCCGUGGCGUUCGCCAAGGCGCAACUGGGCGUGGGAACAGAGCUUCCGAAGACAGGCGCGGUCUUCAUCUCGGUGCGCGAUGGCGACAAGGCGCGCAUUCUGGACACUGCGAAACUGUUCGAAAAACUCGGCUUCUCGGUGCUUGCGACGGGCGGCACGCAACGUUUUCUCGCCGACAGCGGCGUCAAAGCAACCAAGAUCAACAAGGUGCUCGAAGGCCGGCCGCAUAUCGAGGACGCCAUCCGCAACCGGCAGGUCCAGCUUGUGAUCAACACGACCGAGGGCAAGAAGGCGCUGUCGGACUCAAAAUCCCUGCGCCGGGCUGCGCUUGAGAACAAGCUGCCCUAUUUCACCACGAUCGCCGGCGCGGUCGCCGCGGGGGAAGCCAUCGCGGCGCUCGCACGUGGCGAGUUGGGCGUUAAACCGCUGCAGGCCUAUCACGGCUGA